AUACGACAGACGACCAAAGGACCCGUGCACGAACGCCCUCGUAUCCCACGACAAGAACACAGCGCCGGUCGUGUUUUCCUUCUCGACAGAGUACUUUGUGCACGCCCAACGCUCGCGGCGCGAUCGCAGCGCGCGACGGCGCUCUGCGUCAAGCGCUCGAGCAUCCUCGAAGUGAGCUCGAAGGUGGCGAGCGACGUCGCGGAGAGCCUCGGUCGGCAGCGAGAAGGUGUUUAAGUCCGGCGGCCGAUGACCCGCCACACAGAAGGAGCUCGUCGCGCUGAUCUUGUCCUCGUCGCGCGGGCUCAUCGGCGAUGGCGCGCAGGGUCCCGUGCGCCGCCGGCGAGCGAUCUCGAUACCGACGAAGGCGCGGAUGCGGACGAGCUCGCGGCGCUCCGGGCGAGGAUGGGGGCGCUCGUGCCUGUAUCCAAUGAACGUAAGACACGGCGACCAAGGCGUCUCAGCGGAUGAAAAGGAUUCAGCCGAGCAGUGCCGAUGCUGGGGUCGUGAGGAGCUAUACCUGGAAUGGCUCGUCGCGCUUCUCUGGCCGACCGCUCGAAGCGACCACGCGAAAGAGAACGACGGGACCCUGGCCAACACGGCCUUUUUUGCAGAAGGCGCGCGUACAGCUACGGCGGGAUCGUUACGGCGUCGACAUGGUCAAUCGCCGGUUCAUCGAGUACUUGGCCGUUGUCUGGUUUCGUGCCCCGGUCGACGGGGAAGAUAGUUCUCCGGCGCGGGUGGUUGAUCAGGGCAGGAUCCGGAGGUGAGGGAGGGCGUGCGCUCGGUGGGUGGGGAGGUGUCGGUGCCGAAGGAGAGACCGAAGAGGGCACGAGGGGGCGUCAAGGCCCCGAUACCGUUGGUUAUCGGCCCACCGGGUGCAGGGAAGAUGUCGCUGGGAGCGUCGAUUGCUCGCGCUGGACGGACCGUCAGCGAGGGUGUCCCUUGGUGAAACGCGCGAUGAAGCGGAGAUCGGCGGGCAUAGGAGGACGUACGUCGCUAGCGGCCUUCGACGAUGGAUCGUGCAGGCCAUCAGCAUGGCGAUGUUGCUCGACGCAGGACGACGCCGGCUGAGGAAGACCGGAUCAUGUCGUUGGGCACGUAGCUCUCGCUCCGGGAGGAUAUGUGCAAGCUGUUCGAGAUCGAUCCCCGGGCAAGGAACGAGCUCGUGAACGUGCUCGCGGGCAAGUGCGCGCGUGGAGGCGGAGGUGAAGAAGCGCCGGGCGUAGAAGAAUCGCGUUGGGGAACUGGAGAGGACGUGUCGAGGGUCGGAGAAGCAUGUGGAUAGGGGUCGAUAGGAGGACUCGGAGCGCGGGGGAAAACAGCUCGAGGAAGAGAUUGGGCAGGAACGCGCUCACGCUGAUCAACUGGAGUCGGCUGUUCAAGAACACGACGUACGCAUAUCCGAGCUGGAGCACGAACGUAGCUAACGCUGCACGCGCAGAAGAGCUUGUCCAGGAGUUCGACGCCGAGAUCGAGAACCUUAGCCGUCGUGUCGUCUCAUGCGAUGACGAAGCGAGAGCCUUCGCGAGCAGUUGUCCGCCGUCGAACGCGAACACGAUCGCCUUGCAGGCGAGCAUCGCCGGACGCUUGACGAGAGUGACAAGUGCUCCGACGAACGCGUCUCGCAAGUAAUCGAGGAGAAGGCCGAGGCGGAGGAGCAGCUCCGGGCCCUCGAGGAGCGGGUCAAGGCGCUCGGCGAUCGAGGCAAACAAGCUGCGGAAGGGGGCGCACGAGCUGAAGAUGGAGGGUUCCGACAAGCACCUGAAGAUAGUGCAUGAACAAGCAGCUUGUGGCUAAGGAAGAGGAUAACGAAGGCCUGGAUGUUGCUUUGGAUUCUGAGCAGCAAGAGCUGAGACUUGUGAAAUGGAAACUCGCUGUCCGCGCUGCGACGGGAGGUGCACCUACGCUCUCCAAGGCGACGCGACAGGAGUCGGUGCUGGCUACGCCGGCCUUGCGUCGGCCAUCCGUCGUCGCCGACACACUCAACGCUUCUCGACCUUCGUCGACCAUGUCCGAAGCAAAUACGACAGCCAAGGCGCUCACGUCUCGCCCGAAUCCCGACUCGGUAGGGUCCGUGGGCUCGAGCGGAUCGAGCACCGCAACAAAAGCGAGGAUCGCAGGGACAAUGGGCUUUCCUUUAUCCAUCUUCGAGCCCCGGUCUUCCGUGUCUGGAACAACGUCCACACCUGAGUCUCGCAUAGGCUCAACCACCAGUCGCCGUCCGGCGCUCGCUCCUCGCCCUCGGCCAUACCUCAUUCCUGGACGACGAGCGUAAGAAAGCGUGUGUCGGUUGACGCAUCGACGAGGACGCCGAUCAAGAGCCGAGAAGCGGCGAAUCAGAGCGAGAGCGAGCAGAGUGGCAGCGGCAAGGAGAACAACCCGAAGGCUGCGAGAAGGAUGUAGGCCAUCCCGGUCUCGGCGUGAUAUACCCUUACACACCACAUCACGCACCCUAUCGACACUUGCCACCCAUCUCGAUAAUGUAGCAUCUCAGCACACGCCGCAUUCCACGCAUUUAUGCACGCAUAUCGACAUUUAUCUAUCAGGGAUACGCUCGUGAAUAACGUCGUAGCCCACUCUCCGCUCCUUGCUAAUUCGCAUACUCGCUGAUAUAUGGACAAGAAUGUGUUCUGCUCUGCUGCUUUACUUUGCUGUGUUCGCCUGCUUUCUGG